CCUGCAGCACGUGGGCCGUUAGAUCGAACAAAGAAACAAUAAGUUGAAGUACUCGGCAUUUGGAAUUUAAUGCUUUUGUUUGUCUCUAGAAUCUUCUUCGAUCGUUGAAAAGCCAAAACAAUCCAUUUGAUCGCAUUUGCCCAACAAAUCCUCAAAGUGCAAAGCUCUCCGAUCCUACUCCUCCCACUGCAAAAGUUUGAGGAAAGCCCUUGGGUUUGUUGAAUUUUGAAUAAUGGAUGAAGUUCAGGAGCAGCAAAGUCAACCACUUGCCACGGCAACUAACAGAUGGUCGAGUUAGAUAUCCAGCCCCUCAAGCUUUAGUGACAGUAGCUUCUCCGGCCAGUUGUGAACCCACAUGCUACUCCAAUGCUGCCCCUAUUCCAGAAUGGAGAAAUGCUAUGCAAACCGAGUUCAAUGCACUUCUUCAAAAUCAGACUUGGUCACUUGUUCCUCCUCAUCCUUCUCACAAUAUUGUAGGAUGCAAGUGGGUUUUUAAACUUAAAAGGAAGGCCGAUGGUUCCAUAGAACGACACAAAGCUCGCCUUGUAGCAAAAGGGUUUCAUCAACAGGCUGGGGUGGAUUAUGGAGAGACUUACAGCCCAGUUGUGAAGCCUACAACAGUUCGGACAGUCCUCUCUCUAGCCGACUCAGCCGGCUGGCCCAUGAAGUAAAUUGAUACCCAGAACGCGUUUCUCCAUGGGUUUCUUUCUGAAGAUGUUUUUAUGGUGCAACCACCAGGUUUUGUUCAUCCUAGUUUUCCUAACCAUGUGUGCAAACUCAAAAAGGCCAUCUACGGCCUCAAACAGGCCCCACGAGCCUGGUUUUCAAGACUCAGUGACAAGCUAAUUCAACUUGGCUUUGUGGGAUCCAAAGCGGAUGCUUCUCUUUUUCUCUAUCGCACUGAGACAAUCACCAUGUAUCUUCUUAUUUAUGUUGAUGAUAUCAUCAUCACAGCCUCAGAUCCGGCUGCUAUUACCAAACUUUUACAACUUCUAAGUGCAGAUUUUGCUGUCAAAGACCUAGGUGAUCUCCAUUACUUUCUUGGUGUUGAAGUCCUAAAGAUGGAUUCGGGUCUGCUGCUCUCUCAGAAACGGUAUAUCAUGGACCUUUUGAAGAAAACUAAUAUGCAUGAAGCAAAACCGAUCACCUCUCCAAUGGCUUCCUCCUCAACUCUCUCGGCAUUCACAGGUGCUCCAAUGGACGACCCAUCUCUCUAUCGAAGUACGGUUGGCUCAUUACAGUAUCUCUCUCUCACUCGGCCUGACCUCAGCUAUGCAGUAAAUCGUGUAUGUCAAUUCAUGCAUCGUCCGCUCCAGCCACAUUGGCAAGCUGUCAAACGAAUCCUUCGGUACUUGAAGCAUACAAUUUCUCAUGGCCUUCUUCAUCGCAACUCUCACAAUACCUUACAAGCAUACUCCGAUGCUGAUUGGGCCGGAUGUUCAGAUGAUCGCCGAUCUACAGGUGCCUAUUGUGUCUACCUUGGCUCUAAUUUAAUCUCCUGGAGUUCACGAAAACAACCGACAGUUUCAAGAUCCUCCACUGAGGCCGAAUACAAAGCAGUUGCAAAUACCACAGCAAAACUUCUUUGGAUACGUGCACUUCUUCAAGAACUCGGGAUUGGAUAGUCUACUCCACCAAUACUUUGGUGUGACAAUAUUGGAGCCAUCUACAUGUCGGUAAAUCCGGUCUUUCAUGCACGUACGAAACAUGUGGAGAUCGAUUUUCACUUUGUCCGUGACCGAGUUGCUGAUAAAUCCUUAGUGGUUUGGUUUGUUCCAAGUUCGGAUCAGAUUGCUGAUGUUCUUACUAAGCCACUUGUUUCCGCCAAGUUUCAAAACUUUUGUUACAAGCUCAAUGUGCGAUCUCCUCCGUUGAGCUUGAGGGAGGAUAUUAAUGCAACUACAACACAAGACCCCCAUUCCAAGUAUGAGUCUUGUGCGGCACAACUCUAUCCGAAAAUGGUUGAUAAGAAGUCUAUCUCAUCCGGUCUCAUCCAGACUCCUGGUUCUAAGCUAGAGUCCUAAGUCUAAUUGUAUGCUAAAUAGAGGGAGUUAUAGAGUCCUACUUUCAGUAUGUAUAGGAGUCUUAAUCUAUUAUGAUCAGCGUGUAUAAGAGUCCUAGUCUAUUAUGCACUCUUGUAAUUCUCCUAUAAAUAUUCAAUGAAUGCUCAGCUAUAGAGCACGGUUUUACAGCCUAAUAUAUUUGUUCUAUCAAAUAUGCUGGAUUAAAGACCCAUUAUAGUGCUUAUCUGAAAACUUUGAAGAUUUUUUCUUGAUAUUUGUCAUGCCAAUAAUUCUGAGCUGUUUUAUGUAUCACAUUUGAUUCAUAAUGAAAGGAAAUUCCAGGCUUAAUUUGUAAACGUAGUAGAGUAGAUUUGCAAAUCGCUAUUAGUUGUAACUCUUUUUUUUUUUUUUUCUUUUUUUUGAGCUUAUCAAAAGCUCAGCUUAUAUGCUUAGCUCAAAGUAUGCUGGAUGGUGGGAGGUGUAGAGACGUAA